CCAAAUUCCCAAUAAGCCGAAUGACUGAAUACAAUUCAACAUUUCAACUCGUGGUUCCGAUUUUGCAAAUUCCAAAAUCAAUUAACGAAGGUUAGAGUUUGUCCGUUUCUCCUUCUUGCCUUCUUGGCCGACUGCGACCGGCCGUCUUGCCCAAGCAACUGAGAGCGCUGCAAGUCUUCAAUUUUGCAAAGCUGUCUCUGAAUUGUGAUUUGUGAAUUGUGAAGAAGGAAGCUCAAACGGCGGUCGGUGAUUAGAAGUCUAGAACACCUUCUUCCAACUUUCAAGGUUUCAAACAAUCUAUAAGUGCUGCCAGCCCAGACCCAGCUCUACACCGCUGCAAGCUUCAAGGAGUUCAAGCGACAAGCGCCAACGGACGACGACGCGUCGAUCGCUACCCUCUUCCCGCCGGAGACUGGAAUCGCUGCCACCGCUGCCACCGCUGAAGCGCUGAGCUGAGUGCCCUAUCGGGAUUUGACGCCAUCUGCAAUAAAAACUAUUCUCCCCUAAAUGGGAUGCCAAAAGGCUUUUACUGUCUACAGCUACUACUCUGCAGCAACAACAAUAUUAACUAGAAGGCAAAUGUCAUCAAGCAGCGCUUGCCGUAAUCUGUUCAUCGGAGGCCUUUCAUACGAUACAAAUGAAACUAUUUUGAAUGAAGCUUUUAAGAAGCAUGGUGAAUUGAUUGAAGUGAAGGUAAUAUGUGACCAUAGAAGUGGCAAGUCGAAGGGCUAUGGGUUUGUGAAAUUUGAGUCAGAAACUGCAGCAAAUGAGGCAUUGAAGGAAAUGAAUGGCCAGUUUUUGGAUGGUAGAAACAUACGAGUCCACUGUGCCCAUAAAGGAUGACUUCAAGAUGCCACCCUAAAGGCUAAAGGAAUUAUCAUAUGUAUUUUUUGGGGCAUACAUUAAUUUUGUAAAUUCUUUUUGUUUCUUCAUGUGAAAUCAAUUUAAAAUUGAAAGCAUGAGGAAUAGUCCCAAAUGCCCCCAAAUACUACUUUUCAAUCUGGAACCUAAUACCGUCAGAGAAGUAGCGACUUGUGUUGGGGGUGCCUUGGCAAUAACAAGAGUGGCUUUUUUACCAAAAAAAAAUAACAAGAGUGGCUUCAUCGACGACAUAUGCAGCCAAGGCUAAAGGAUUGUGGGCAGAGGGUUUGCAGAGAUCAGAGUUCGAAGGAGAUUUUGUGCGAAAGAUUGCGUAAGUUUGGAAGUGAAUUCAUUGCCGGAAGUCGUGGUAAAGACACACUGUCGCAGUGCAUAAUUUGAAAGUAAAGAUGACACAGGCAGGGAUAUUGGAUGGCGUAAUGAUUGUGGUGGAGUUGAAUUAACGAUAUUCGUUUGGGAUAAGAAUGGUAGAGGAACCAAUGACUUUAGGUUACAGCACAACAUCAUAUGAGCAUAUUGUUAGACUUACUUUCAUGGAAAAAUUGAUAGUAAUAAUCCCAACUAUUGGCGGUCCGCUCAUAAUAAUCUCAACUAUUGAUUAUUACAGAAUAAUCUCAACUUUAGGGACCUUCCGCCAAUAAUGGUCCCUAUGAAUAAAUUCUUGUAGUUUCUAAAGUGGAUGAGAUGAGAUAUAACAAGUAAUCCCUAUAAAUAAUCUCAACUUUUAAAUUUUACGCUUAAUUUCUAUUUAAAAUUUACUUUUUAUAGAGGUAAUAUAUGGUCAUGGACCAUUAUUGGCGGAUAGUCUAUAUAGUUGGGAUUAUACAAAAAUAAUCAAUAGUUGGGAUUAUUUUCAGCGGACCAGCAAUAGUUGGGAUUAUUAUUUUCAAAUUUUCCUACUUUCAUUUGCUCUUGUAAUAUUUUAGAUGUGUUUUCUUCCUCCCUAUUCAAUCUAAACUAUGAAUCAAUACAGGAAUUUCUCUUAUUCAUCAAUUUACAACUUAAAUUUUCUCGUUUAUAAAAAUAUAGUUUUU